GGGCCCUAACGAGUACACUCAUGCGCUUAUAUACAACGCAAAGCCCCACCCCACUUGCGUUUAAAACUACUACUAAUAAUAAAACUCCCCUCUCGUUUACAAUUUACACUUCUCUCUCAUCUUAUCACAGAGCCUGUGCCUAGCCCCUCCGUGUAAGAUGUCGACGCCGGCAAGGAAGAGAUUGAUGAGGGAUUUCAAGAGGCUGCAGCAAGAUCCACCUGCUGGUAUCAGUGGGGCACCUCAAGAUAACAAUAUUAUGCUCUGGAAUGCUGUUAUUUUUGGGCCUGAUGAUACCCCUUGGGAUGGAGGUACGUUCAAGUUAACUCUUCAGUUUACGGAGGACUACCCAAAUAAGCCUCCUGUUGUGCGGUUUGUGUCAAGGAUGUUCCAUCCAAACAUUUAUGCAGAUGGAAGCAUCUGCUUGGAUAUAUUGCAAAAUCAGUGGAGUCCGAUAUAUGAUGCAGCUGCGAUACUUACAUCCAUCCAGUCACUGCUCUGUGAUCCAAAUCCGAACUCGCCUGCCAACUCUGAAGCAGCACGUUUGUUUAGCGAGAGCAAACGAGAGUAUAAUAGAAAAGUGCGUGAAAUUGUUGAGGUUAGCUGGACAGCAGACUAAAUCUCUCUUGGUUGGCUUGAAUAUGGAAGCUCUAGCUGAUGAGCUGAGCCUGAAUACACCUGACUCUCGCCCUGGUAGCGCAUGUCUGCAUUUUGUUAUGAAUUGCCUGUUUAUCAUUGCUACCUGUAGUUGAAAACUUUGUUGGCCCUUGUUAUAUUAUUUGUACAACUUUCUUCUCAUGUUUUGAUAUUAUCUGUUAUGUUGCUCUCUUAAGUUUGUAUAUAUAAUGUACUCAUGUAUCAAAGUUGGUUGGAAUUAGAUGCAAUUCACGGCAUGUUAUUCAUAUCAA